AAAUACUGUGAAAAUUUUCUCUGCCAUCCACUCUGUCUUGAUCAACCAUCGUGAAGACAACGUGAUGGACGGAGAGAAUGAUAUGACCGCGCAAGUAAAUGCAUUGCACAAUGAGAUGGCUACGAGCAUUUCAUCUGUCCGAGAGGUGAUUCGAGAUCUGGCAUCCAAGCCUAGUGAUACAUCGGAUGGAAUAUCUCUUCUAUCACUGAAGAACCACAUUCUGCUCAGUUACAUACAGUCUCUGCUGCUGCUUUCAUGCCGUCGAGCGCUUUCACAUAGUCUUGCGACCAGAAGUCCUCCGCAGCAACCCUUCAGCGAUCCAGAUCGAGAUGCCCGAGGAGGUGGUCCUGGGGACCUUGUCGACUCCAUGAUAGAAAGCAGAAUUGUGCUUGAGAAAGUAAAGGUUCUGGAAGGCAGGAUGCGAUAUCAAAUUGACAAAUUGGUUCGACUUGCCAAAGACGAUGCUGCUGCGGAUGUGGGAAAUGAUCCACUUGCCUUUCGACCUAACCCCGAGAACCUCAUCGACAACGAUGACGAAGCAUCAGAGGGUGAGGAAGAAGGAGGGAAUGAUGGACCAACGGCUUCGAACGACGGGAUCUACCACCCUCCGCGGUUGGCUCCCAUGCCUUAUCUCCCCACUGUGAAAGACAAGAACAAGAAACGGGCACCGAUACCUACUUCGCUCAGCGCUCUGCGGCAUGCCGAUCCCACACUUCCUUAUACUGAAUCCACAUCCGGCUUGGGCUCAACGCCAUCACUCAAUAACCAGUCAUCCCGUGCCCGCUACCUCAAGCGGCUGACUGAAUUUGAAGAAGAGCAAUUCGGCCGAGUAAUGCUUAGCAAGAAGGAGGCGCGGAGACGAAGACGAGAUGAAGAGACUCUAGCUAUGGGUGGUGGCCUCAGCGGUGUCAGGGAAGAGGGCAAAGGCCGCGUCCGUCGUGGUGGAAGAGGGUUUGAUGACGAAUUUGCAGAUGUUUUGCGCGAUGUUGACCGUGGUGGAAAUGGACGUGAAGGGGAUGGCUAUGCUGAGCUUCGGCAGCGAAGUAAGCGUGGCUCAGUCCUUGAGAGAAGCCGGGAUGCUAGGAGGGAGUCUACGGCGAUGGAGGAUGAGGUACCGAUGAAGAAAAGGAAGCGAUCCAGGUUCGAGACGGAGAGAAAAGCUGUGAAGAAAAGAAAAUAGGUUGCCUUGCGCUUCGCACAGCUUUGGAGCGCAUCCAGCUGUACUGAAGAUUUGGCGACGCGAUGAUACAAUUGGUUAUAUCUCAAGCCAUCGCCAAAGCUCCUACCUGACGAAA